AUGCCGUGGCCGUUUUCCGAGUCCAUCAAGAAGCGGGCCUGUCGGUACCUCCUGCAGCGGUACCUGGGCCACUUCCUGCAGGAGAAGCUGAGCCUGGAGCAGCUCAGCUUGGACCUGUAUCAAGGCACCGGCUCUCUCGCCCAGGUUCCCCUGGACAAAUGGUGUCUCAAUGAUAUCCUGGAAUCAGCAGAUGCCCCUCUGGAAGUCACUGAAGGCUUCAUUCAGUCCAUCUCUCUGUCGGUGCCCUGGGGCUCCCUGCUGCAGGAGAAUUGUGCCCUGGAAGUGAGGGGCUUGGAGAUGGUAUUCCGGCCCAGACCUCGCCUAGCAACUGGUUCUGAGCCUAUGUACUGGUCAAGUUUUAUGACUAGCAGUAUGCAAUUGGCAAAAGAAUGUCUUAGCCAGAAGUUAACAGAUGAACAAGGAGAAGGAACCCAGCCAUUUGAAGGACUGGAAAAGUUUGCAGAAACCAUCGAAACAGUACUAAGAAGAGUAAAAGUCACUUUUAUAGACACUGUUUUGAGAAUUGAACACGUACCAGAACAUUCUAAAACUGGAACUGCACUUGAAAUUCGGAUCGAAAGAACUGUAUACUGUGACGAGACUGCUGACGAGACCUCAGGAGUGAACGUGCACCAGCCCACAGCGUUUGCUCACAAGCUCCUGCAACUCUCUGGGGUGUCGCUCUUCUGGGAUGAGUUUUCCGCAUCAGCAAAAUCAUCCCCAGUGUGUUCAACCACACCAGUGGAAACUGAGCCAAAGCUGUCACCUAGCUGGAACCCCAAAAUUGUUUAUGAACCACACCCACAGCUAAGUAGACAUUUACCUGAGGUCGCUCCUUCUGACCCCGUGCAGAUUGGAGGGUUGGUUGGUAGAUUGGAAUUGAGUCUCACGUUGAAACAGAAUGAAGUACUUCCUGGAGCGAAGUUGGAUGUGGACGGACAGAUAGACUCUGUUCAUCUUUUCCUGUCACCAAGACAGGUGCACCAGCUUCUGGCCUUGUUGUCAGCCAUUGCUGGACCAGAAAACUCUAGCAAAAUUGGAUUGUCUAAUAAAGACAGAAAAAAUCGGCCCAUGCAGCAAGAGGAUGAGUAUAGAGUUCGGAUGGAGUUAAACCGCUAUUAUUUGAGGAAAGACUCCCUGUCAGCGGGGGUUUCUUCAGAACAAAGCUUCUAUGAGGCUGAAGCAGCUCAUACACCUUCCAGCCGUGAAGAAGAAGUUUUCUUCUCCAUGGCUGAUAUGGACAUGUCCCACAGUCUCUCUUCUCUUCCACCCCUGGGUGACCCCCCAAACAUGGACCUUGAGCUCUCAUUAACUAGCACACACGCAAAUACUCCUGCAGAAUCUCCGCUCAAUGCCACUGUGCUUCAGCCACCAUGGGGAGAUUUCCUUGAUCAUCAUAAAGAACCACCAGUGAAGGGCUCGCCCCUGCCACCCAACCUCGUCCACACAGCAUCUCCACCGAAGACCUCUCUCCCAUCCAGAUCUGUCUCCGUGGAUGAACCCAGGCCUGAACUGAUUUGUAGACUCGCUGUUGGGACCCUGUCAGUCUCUGUGCUUCACAUCGACCCUUUAUCUCCACCAGAGACGCCCUUGAACCUGAACCCAUUGACCCCCUUGGCCGAAGCUUUCUUUACUUCUAUAGAGAAGAUAGACCCAGCAAAAUUUUCAGCAGAAGACUUGAAAUCCUUCCGAGCAGUAUUUGCAGAAGCCUGCUCACAUGACCACCUCAGGUUUAUAGGUACUGGCAUCAAAGUCUCCUAUGAGCAAAGACAAAGGUCAGCCUGGAGGACUUACAGCACCGACCUGUCCGUUGGGCGCAUGGAGCUGGUGGAGUGCUUGUUUCCCGGUGACUCCCAGUCCACACCUGCUCACUAUACAGAGCUUUUAACGUUUCAUUCCGAUGAGGGGGCUGAUUCCCACCCCCCUGUGUGUCUGCAGCUUCAUUAUAAACAUUCUGAAAACAGAGCGCCCCAGGGUAGUCAAGCAAGACUUAGCUCAGUUCCUCAGAAAGCAGGACUGCAAGUGACAUUGACGCCUGUGUCCUGUGAGCUGGACAUCAGUAUUGUGGACAGGUUAAAUUCCUUGCUUCAGCCACAGAAGCUUCCUACUGUCGAGACAAUGGUGUCUCACAUGUACACUUCAUAUAAUAAGCAUGUCAGUCUGCAUAAGGCUUUCACUGAGGUAUUCCUAGACGAUGCCCACAAUCCUGCUAACUGCCGGGUUUCGCUUCAAGUCGCCACCCCAGCUCUGCACCUUUCUUUGCGCUUCCCAAUCCCGGAUCUGCGAUCAGACCAGGAGAGGGGCCCCUGGUUUAAGAAGUCUCUUCAGAAGGAGGUCCUUCACCUAGCCUUCACAGAUCCCGAGCUGAAGACUGAGUUUCUCGGGGGAUCCAUGCCAGAGCAAGUUCAGCUGGAGUUCACAUUUCGAGAACUCUCUGGCUCAUUCCAGGAAGAUAAAGGAGAACCAUCAGUGAAGUUUUUCCAUGUGUCCAGUGGAGUGGAUGGAGACGUAACAUCAUCAGAUGACUUUGACUGGCCACGAAUGGUGCUGAAGCUUAACCCGCCAGCCAUGCACUCCAUCCUGGAGAGGAUAGCAGCGGAGGAGGAAGACGAGAACGAGGACCACUUCCAGGAGGAGGACGGGGCUGCCCACUCCCUGAAGGACGUGUGUGACCUCCGGAGACCAGCCCCGUCUCCGUUCUCUUCCCGUAGAGUCAUGUUCGAAAACGAGCAGAUGGUGAUGCCAGGAGACCCUGUGGAGAUGACAGAGUUUCAGGAUAAAGCAAUCAGCAAUUCUCAGUACGUGCUGGAGCUCACGUUACCCAAUAUUAACGUAACACUGCCUAAUAAGAGCUUUUAUGAAAAGCUUUAUAAUAGAAUCUUCAAUGACUUGCUGCUCUGGGAACCCACCGCCCCUUCACCUGUGGAGACACUGGAGAAUAUCUCCUAUGGUGUUGGACUUUCUGUAGCCAGCCAGCUGAUUAAUACCUUCAACAAGGAUACUUUCAGUCCAGUUAAAUCUACAGUUCACUACGACGAGGAGAGUGGGUCUGAGGAGGAGACUCUACAGUAUUUCUCCACUGUGGAUCCCAACUACCGUUCCCGCAGGAAAAGAAAACUAGACCCUCAGAACAGGAGCUCACAGAGCUGUCUCUCGGUUCUCCUCAACAUCAGUCAUGGGCUGGUGGCAGUAUCCACAGAAGUCAAGCAAGAGAAUGGAGAGCUUGUGGCGAGCAAGCACGGUGAAUUCUGGUUCGAGUUCAGUAAUGGCUCGUUAUUCUGCGUAACACGAUACGAAGGCUUCGAUGACAAGCACUACAUCUGCCUUCAUUCUGGUGGCUUCAGUCUGUACCACAAAGGUCUAGUGGACGGAGUGAUUCCUCUUACGGAGACAAGGUUGCCCAGUCCGGUGCGCCCACACUGGCUGGAGCCUACCAUCUACUCCUCAGAAGCAGACGGCCCCCACCGGGUGUCUUCAGAUGGUGUUGGAGGAGACAGCUUGAAUAUGCUCUCUGUAGCAGUGAAAAUACUGUCCGAUAAAUCAGAAUCGAAUACAAAGGAGUUUCUCAUCGCUGUAGGGCUGAGAGGAGCCACGCUCCAGCACAGAAUGCUGCCAUCUGGCCUUAGCUGGCACGAACAGAUUUUAUACUUCUUGAAUAUUGCUGACGAACCUGUGUUGGGCUAUAACCCUCCAGCAUCGUUUACAACUUUCCAUGUUCAUCUCUGGAGCUGUUCCCUUGACUACAGGCCUCUCCAUCUGCCAAUCCGCUCUCUUCUCACCGUGGAGACCUUCAGUGUUUCUAGCAGCGUCGCUCUGGAUAAAUCGGAGUCUACACUCAGAAUCAUCUUGGAUGAGGCUGCUUUGCACUUAUCUGACAAAUGCAAUACUGUCACUAUAAAUUUGAAUAGAGAUUAUGUUCGUGUGAUGGAUACGGGGCUUUUGGAAUUAACCAUAACUGCAGGGAAGUCUAAUUCCGAUGGCGAACAAGCUGGGCCCCGCUUCGAGUUACAUUGCUCCAGCGAUGUCGUCCAUAUCCGGACCUGCUCCGACUCCUGUGCUGCUUUGAUGAACCUUAUUCAGUACAUUGCGAGCUAUGGGGACCUGCACGCUCCCCACAAGGAAGACAUGCCGCCCGGAACCCCUCAAAGAAAGACCAAGGCAGAGGCCAGCAGUCGGUCGUCCUCACGCGGCCCAGUGCUUCCUGAAGCAGACCAGCAGAUUCUACGGGAUCUGAUGAGUGAUGCAAUGGAGGAGAUGGACGUGCCACACACUGCGGCGUCCUCAAAGCCCGAGGCCAACGGUGUACUGGAUGACAGGUCUCAAACCCAGGAGCCAUGCUGUUCGGACCUGUUCCUGUUUCCAGACGAGAGUGGGAAUGUGUCCCGGGAGCCUGGUGCUGUCUAUGCCACCUUCCCGCCCCACUGGAUCAGCGAUGCGAUGACAGGAGCGCCCCCGGAGAAUGACGACUUCUGCAUUCUUUUUGCACCAAAAGCAGCGAUCCAGGAAAAGGAGGGAGAACCUGUUGUCAGGAUCAUGGCUGGUGACCCGAUUGUGAUCAGAGACAAUCACUUCAGUCUGCCCGUGAAGAAGGGCGACCCGAGCAAAAGCCCACCACACUUCCCCAUCCCUGUCAUCCGGUACGUGGUCAAGGAGGUCUCGCUCGUGUGGCACCUCUAUGGAGGAAAGGAUCUGGGGGCAGCCCCUCCCUCAUCUCCAGCGAAAAGUUACAUUGGUCCCCACCGUUCACCCUCUCACACCCCCACCAGACACGGGCGGCACGCGGGCUGUGGGGGGAAAGGAAGAAACCACGACUUUUUGAUGGAGAUACAGUUAACCAAGGUGAAGUUCCAGCAUGACGUGUACCCCCCGAGCCGGCCAGAACACGACUCCGGCCUCAUGGAGCAGCCAGUCUCCCGGCAGGUGUUCAUCGUGCAGGACCUGGAGGUGCGCGACCGGCUGACAUCAUCGCAGAUGAACAAGUUCCUCUAUCUGUACUGCAGCCAAGAAAUGCCUCGCAAAGCUCACUCCAACAUGCUGACGAUUAAAGCUCUCCACGUGCGCCCCGAGUCUGGCAGGUCGCCUCAGGAGUGCUGCCUGCGGGUGUCGUUGAUGCCACUCCGUCUCAACAUCGACCAGGACGCCCUGUUCUUCCUGAAGGAUUUUUUCACAAGUCUUUCUACAGAGGUAGAGCUUUUAACGACCCCAGACCCAGAAGUUAAAAAGUCUCCAGGUGCCGAUGUUACCUGCACUCUGCCAAGACACCUAAGCACCUCGAAGGAGCCAGAUCUCGUUCUUUCUUUCCCUGGGCCAACACUGUCUUCCCAAAAUGACUGUGCCAAUCCGGAGGAAGUGAAGAAUGGGGAUGAAGGACAGGCUUUCUCAGCCGAAGAAGUCGCAUUUGAUGAUCAGCCUGUGUUUUUUAGAGAAUUCAGGUUCACAUCAGAAGUUCCUAUUCGUCUGGAUUAUCACGGAAAGCACGUCUCCAUGGAUCAGGGCACGUUAGCUGGCAUCCUGAUUGGGCUGGCCCAGUUAAACUGCUCGGAACUGAAGCUGAAGAGACUUUUCUACCGCCAUGGUUUGCUAGGUGUGGACAAAUUAUUCUCAUAUGCAAUCAGUGAAUGGCUUAAUGACAUUAAGAAGAAUCAGCUCCCAGGACUCCUGGGAGGAGUUGGCCCCAUGCAUUCAUUGGUACAGUUGGUGCAAGGCCUAAGGGACCUGGUAUGGCUGCCCGUUGAGCAAUACCGGAAGGAUGGGCGCAUCGUUCGAGGCUUUCAGAGAGGAGCUGCUUCCUUUGGCACCUCCACAGCAAUGGCUGCCUUAGAGCUGACGAACAGGAUGGUUCAGACCAUACAGGCUGCAGCCGAGACAGCCUAUGACAUGGUGUCUCCUGGAGCCCUGUCCAUCGAGCCCAAGAGGACCAAGCGGUAUCCUCACCGCCGGCUGGCCCAGCAGCCCGUCGACCUGAGGGAGGGUGUGGCCAAGGCCUACAGCGUGGUCAAAGAGGGGAUCACAGACACAGCGCACACCAUCUACGAGACGGCGGCCCGAGAGCACGAGAGCCGAGGGGUGACCGGCGCCGUGGGUGAGGUCCUGCGCCAGAUUCCCCCUGCCGUGGUGCGGCCACUGAUCGUGGCCACGGAAGCCACCUCCAACGUGCUGGGCGGCAUGAGGAACCAGAUCAGACCAGACGUGCGGCAGGACGAGUCCCAGAAAUGGCGUCACGGGGAAGACUGA